GCCGCCCGCCCGGCUCCGGCGCAUGUGCCGCGCCUCCCCCCGCCCCCGACCGCGGCCGGAGCCGGAGCUGGAGCCGGGAGGCAGCGCCGAGCCGAGCGGGCGCCGGGCGGAGCGAGCAUGAAGGACCGGACGGGGGAGCUCCGCGCGGCUAAGGACAGUGAUGAUGAUGAUGAAGUCACCAUUAGCGUGGACCGGGAUCGCUUCAUGGAUGAGUUCUUUGAACAGGUGGAAGAAAUUCGAGGGUUCAUCGAUAAAAUUUCUGAGAAUGUGGAGGAAGUGAAGAGGAAGCACAGUGCUAUUCUUGCAUCCCCAAACCCAGAUGAGAAAACCAAGGAGGAGCUCGAAGAAUUAAUGUCUGACAUCAAAAAGACAGCAAACAAAGUGCGUUCCAAGUUAAAGAGUAUUGAACAGAGUAUUGAACAAGAGGAAGGAUUGAAUAGAUCAUCUGCUGACCUGAGGAUAAGGAAAACGCAGCAUUCCACAUUGUCGCGCAAGUUUGUGGAGGUGAUGUCUGAGUACAAUGCCACCCAGUCUGACUACAGGGAGCGCUGCAAAGGGAGGAUUCAAAGGCAGCUGGAAAUCACUGGCAGGACCACGACCAGCGAGGAGCUGGAAGACAUGCUGGAGAGCGGGAAUCCAGCCAUCUUCUCCUCUGGGAUCAUCAUGGAUUCCAACAUCACCAAGCAGGCACUGAAUGAGAUCGAGACGCGCCACAGCGAGAUCAUCAAGCUGGAGAACAGCAUCCGAGAGCUGCAUGACAUGUUCAUGGACAUGGCCAUGCUGGUGGAGAGCCAGGGCGAGAUGAUUGACCGCAUUGAGUACAACGUUGAGCACUCUGUGGACUACGUGGAGCGGGCUGUGUCUGACACCAAAAAGGCUGUUAAGUACCAGAGCAAAGCCAGGCGGAAGAAGAUCAUGAUCAUUAUCUGCUGCGUGGUCCUGGGCAUCGUCAUUGCCUCCACCUUGGGCGGCAUUUUCGGAUAGAUCUUGCCAAGGCGAAACUUUCUCUGUAGACAAUGCGAUGGAGCUGCCGAGCUGCCACGGCCCAGCUGCGCCCGAGGGGAGCCAAGCCCUGCAGCCGCCAGGGAGGGGCCCUCCCAGCAGAAUUUCAGUUUCUAAUGCAUGAUCGUUUUGUAACACUGUGUGUACGGUGUGGUGCGUCUGUGUGGCGAGGGGGCAGGCGGACAGUAUCCGGGGCUGGGACGUGGCGGGGAGCUGGACCUGAUGGAGGGCAGAGCACACGUGUGGCACUGAGCCUAAAGCAAGGCAGCUAACUGGUGCAGAGGGAGCCAGGCUGCCCUCGUGUAGUGAGGCUCCUAGCAUGGUGCCAGGGGUAGGACAGCAAGUUGUGCCAAUGGCACUGGGCGAGGGAGAGCAAGGGGCAGUGCUGUGUCCCCUGCAGAGCAGAAGAGAGCACUAGCCAGCCAGUCCCCACCCACCUUUGUAGCCUGGCACUGCCAGUGGGUGUUCACUGGCAGUCAUAGCUCUUUCUCCCUCUGCUCUGCCAGGGCAUUGCUGACAAAACGCCACACCCCUCAGCCUGCUCCCUGCAGUGCCUCCCUCCCCAGGGCACACCUGGCACUACACCUGCCCAGCUGCUGCUCCCUGAAGUGCCCCCUCCACCAGCCAUACCUGGCACUGCACCCACCCCGCCUGCUCACCACAGUGCCCACCUCCACCAGCUGGCCCUGACCUCCCCUCGCUGGCUGUUUGGUGCAAGGCCCAGUCCCUGCUGCUGCCCCUUUCCCUCCCCUCUGGCUGGCUGCACGGGGUUCAUUUCUCUUUGCUGCUGCACUGCUGUGGCUGGAGGGUGUUUUCUGCAAGGCUGGGCUGAUGGGGCAGCUGUCCCGUGUGGUUGGCUGGGCCUGGUUCCAUGGGGGGUGGGGGAAUGUUGGGGUAGGGUGGCAUGUGCUCUGCUGCACUGCCCCCCUGGCGAGCCUACGACCCUCUUGUGCUGAUGCUUCCCAAGUGCUGGUGCAGGUUCCCUGGGGGGGGAACUGCACCCCUUUGGAAUAGGCCCAAGGCAUCAGCGUUCCCUGGCAUGCUCCACGCCCGUUUGGCCUGGGGGAGAUGGGCAGUGCCAAGCAGGCAGAUGGCAAGGAGCUUGCUGGCCACUGCAUGGGUCUGGAGCCACCUCUAGGGCUGGGCAGGAAGUGUCUGAAUUGCCUGUGCCACUCACCCAGGUAAGGGGAUGAGGCCAGAGCAGAGGCUCAUGUUGUCCUGAGUGUGGGUUGCUGGGCAACCAUUCCAGGGCUCGGACUCCUGCAGGCAGCUCUCAGCCCUGCCCCUAGGUUGGAUUUCCCAGCCCCUCUCUCUGGGUCACCCAGGGCCCAGGCCUGGCUCCCCCGUCACCCCUCCCCUGCGACAGACCCAGGCUCUGUGCCCCAACUGCGCUUGGUUCCCCCAACCCUGCUGUGUCUGGCCAGUUGGGGAUGGGCCUGGGCUGCACAUGGGAGCCCUGCAGCCGUUCCCCAGGCUGAGGCCCCCACAGAGCAGCCCAGGUACCAGGCUCCUGCGCUGCCAAUGGGCAGCUGACGUUCAGUGUUGUAAGCUCCAUCUCUUCCAGCUCCCAAAGGGAGAGUGUUGCAGGGCUGGCUCUGUCCCUCCCCCAUCCGGGGCACCCCCCCCUCACCCCAGCUGUAAUGCAAGAGCCAUACCAGCCCUCUGGCCUUCCGGGGGGGGGGUGCCUGACCUCACCCCCAGCUCAUCAGCACUGAGCGCUCAAGGGACCAGUUUGCCAAGACACCCCUGGCUUCAGGGCACCACAUCCCCCGUCCCCAGGGGCUGCAGUGAACGUGUGUGUGGUGGCAGCCUGCACACCUGCUGGAGGGAGCCCACAGUGAGAGCCUGGCCCCCUGACCCUUCCCAGCCCCCAGCCCUGCGAGCCCAGAGACACCUGGGAGCAAGAGCCCACCUGUGCUCACCUGCCUGGGGGUGGGUCUGCACCAAGGCCCUGUCUGCUCUGCCUGGAUCCCCGCAGCGAGUGGGGAGGGCCCUGUGUGUGGCAGAUCAGCAAGCAAUAACAGGCUGCCACCAUGACAGCUCUUGGUGAGCAAGGACGGGUGGUCACCCUUUCCAAAAUGCAGCUGCUGGGGAGGCUGAUCAGCUAUUUCUUCCUAAACCCUCCUUGCAGGUGCAGAAGGCUCCACAGCACCUUUGCAGCCUUUAGGAGCAGGGCUAGAACACCGGCUGGGGUGAGCCAGACAGCCCUGCCCCACAUCCUCAGGUGCAGGGUCUUGCACUCAGCACACCACCUUGCUGCCAGAACAGCUGAGCAUGCAGGGGACAGGUACUGUGGGGGAUAAGGCACCUGCCAACACAUUUGCAAGAAACCAGCAAUACAAAGGGGGCAGGUGAAAUUGGGGGGACAGCAAUACAGCAAGUGGGAUUCUGCCAGCUAGGGCUCCCCUCCUAGCAGCUGCUCCGUGGGGAGCUGACAUAACUAACCUGUGGGGCUGAGAAGCCUGCAGUAGGCAAGGCAAAGGGCAUUCUCUAGGGGUUAGGGGCUAUACUUUCACUGGAGGCAGUGGAGGGAAGGUGAAUUGGUGCAACACUGCAAUCCCUGCACCUUCAAGAGCCCUGGCCUGUCCCUCUCCCACCCAUUGCACGAGUUGACGUGAUUAGCCAUGCUAUGUUUGUGCGUGGGGAAGAUGUUUUACAUUUCCUUUGGAAACACGUCUUUUCUCAAGAAGCAUCUGUCCUACAUGCCCAUAGGACUCCCAGCACCAGAGGCUUGACAGUAUUUCAGGAGUAAGGGGGUGGGGCACAUGUAGCUUUCACUCAUACUGGGGAUUUGUUUUUUAAUUAAUGUACUUGAAAGAGUUCAGAGCAACCCCUUGGCAUUGUAACGUCACUGUACCGUGAGCUAAGUGUCCUUGUUUUCUAUGUGGAUCUUGAACCCAACUUGCUUUGUUCCAAUGGCUAGAACAACAUUGUAUGUUGCUCCCUGUCUACAUCCAGCUCCUGUCCCACCCCCAGCUUUGGGUGCAAAACAGCUUCCCAGUUAGUGGAAUUUUUAUGUAGAAUAAACAUUUGUAACCUUAAACCCA